AGUUGUCCCUGAAUUCUAUGAGAAGGUGGGAGGAGAAGUGCGAAGUUUGUCGGUUUGGCGUCGGGUGAAUUGAUGGUGGUGACUAUGGCCUCCUGGCAGCUUCUUUCGACCCUGGCCGUCCUGUGUGUCUUGCUAUGCAUCUGUCCGACGAUGGAACUGGACACGGUGUCCUCUGUGUCGCCUUUGCCAACUCCUGCUCCGUCAUGUUCUGAUUUUACUGGAAUGAAAUGUGAAAUGUGCAUAAAAAAUACUGCAUGUCUUUGGUGCAGUCCAAAUUCUACUUGUAUGGAUUAUCCUGUAAACAAAAUAAUGCCGCCAUCAUCAUUGUGUUCACUUACGAAGUCUUACUGGGCAAUAUGUUGGGCAAGUUUGGAAGCAAUCGUCAUUGCUAUAGGUGUUGUAGUAGGUAUCAUUCUGGUGUUUAUAAUUUGUUGCUGCUGUUAUUGCUGCCGCAGAUGUCGCAGAUGUCGCCGGAGGUUUGAAAGGAGAGUAACCAGUGAAGAAGAAGAAACAUUUAUUGGAGAUCAGGAAGAAAAACGACUGCAAUAUGCUCAGCGGAGACAUGAAAGAAGAGCGAAAUAUGAUGAACUACGCAAAAAAUAUGGUCUGCUCCAGGAUUCCGACCAUCCCUAUAGUAGAUAUGAAAAUGAAUGAAAAAAUAGUACUGCUGCCUUAAAACGAAACAUUGUUUUCAUUGCACCAAAUUUGUACAUAAAUAUUCGGUAGAACUUAAUGUUUAUUUUGAUUUUUUUUUCCUCCUCUUUUUGGAAACAACAGUAUUAUAUUUGCAUCUAAUGAUUCUAGUAAAAAAUUACUUGGGUUUCUUUUCCCCCUACAAAAAAAAAAACUAAAAACUAGAGGAGUGCAAGUUUGAGAUAGAAAACCCAUUUACUUUUUCUUAAACUUCACAGACUUCGGAGGUGGGGGUUGGAGAAACAAUACUGUCAUCUUUUCCAUGCUGCUAAAUAAAGAGGCUCUUUAAAUCUGUGUCAAGUAGGUGUUGGCAAGUAUUUGACACUGCAGAGGUGAGGUAUCACAUAAUCAUAGCUUACACCAUCUUCAUGUUAAUAGAAUGCAAAGGGUGUAAGCGAAAGAAGCUAUCACUAAGCAAUGGCCUUAACUGAAGGAAUGUGAUCUGGUGUUAUUGGCUAGCUGGUACCUUCAGCACCAUCCGAUUCUUGAAUAUGGCCUCUUAAUGACAGCAGCCUGCCACAGUGUCUCGUGCUAAACUUCUUGAAACCGGCUUUUUCAACUCUUUAAACAUCUUGAUUGCACUGGGUUAUAUCGUUCCUGAUCCUUUGUACUUAAGGAGAGACCAACGAAGUGAACACUUGACUUAAAAAAAAAAUUAAAAAGAUGGUAAAAACCUGCAGUAUUAUGUCAAAAAUCUGCUAGCUAUUUAUGCAUGUGUUAACAGUUUUCCUUUGAUCUCUG